GAGCGAGGUUUGGUCCUCGGCAAGACCCGUAGCUCACUACUCCCACACGGCGGGCUUGAAAUCAAACACAACUCACCCGGCACGUUAUACGUGUCUUUCCACGUUUAACGACCGAUCACUGGGACUCUACGAGAUGUGUUCUUUGGCGCUGUUCCCCCCUCCUUUGCCAUCGGGGGAGACCACCCUGUGCGAGUCCAACAACGAGCUCCUGUCCAGAACUGCCACUGAUGAACUACUGGCCCAGGAGUCAAGUCCACUGAGUCUGUAUUUUCCUCGAGAGAGUCUGAAGCCGCACAAUCGCACAGAAAGCAGCAGUAAAGCAGCCUUUUUGGACCACUCAGAAACUCUCUGGAUGAGAAGUGCAGCUGCAUGGCGAGAUGAGGGCUUCACUGGAUUACUUUCUGAAAUCACAAACUCUCACACAGAAGUGCCUCGCUGGUUGUCGGUGAGCUGCUCAUGUGUUCUGGCGCUGCUGCAGAAAGUUUCAUCCUUUCACAACUCCCUCUUUCCACACGCCACUCUGAGCAGUGAGGACAUGAUUGCAGAGUUCUCCCAAGUGCUGAACUGGUCAGACGGGGUGGUGCGAGCCUUCGCCUGGCACCCUCACACGGAUAAAUUUGCCGUAGCUCUCCUGGACGACUCCAUUAAAAUCUACAACCCCAAAAGCGCCACCACUCCCACGCUAAAGCACCGUCUGCAGAAGAGCGUGGCGGCGCUGCAGUGGAAGCCGCUGUGCGCCUCCGCUCUGGCCGUCGCCUGCCACAACUGCAUCCUGGUGUGGAAUGUGGAUCCCUGCUCCCUCUCUACUCGGCCUUCCUCUGGCUGUGCUCAAAUCCUGUCUCACCCCGGCCACUCUCCGGUCACCUCCAUCGCGUGGUCGCCGAGCGGCUCCCUGCUGGUGUCAGCCUCGCCGAUGGACACAGCCAUGAUGGUCUGGGACGUCGCCGCUGAGAACUGUGUUCCCCUGCAGCGCGUGGGAGGAGGCGGAGUCACCUUCCUCUCCUGGUCCCCCGAUGACGGCCACGUUCUGGCCUCCACGCCCUCGGCUCUCUUCAGGGUUUGGGAGACGAGGAUGUGGACCUGCGAGCGCUGGCCCAGUGUCAAAGGUCGCUGCCAGUCUGGCUGUUGGAGUCCGGAUGGAAGUCGCCUUCUCUUCUCUGUGCAAGGGGAGUCGCUGAUCUACGCUCUGACCUUCAGCGACGUGCCAGGCUCGCCCACCGACACUCUGAAGGGAUCCCAGGCGGCGGCUGUGGUGGCCGACCUGUCCGAGACCAGCUUUGACACGCCAGACGGAAGUGUCAUUGUUGGCGGAGAAAUCCAGUCACUCAUUUGGGACCCGAGAGGAGAGCGACUUGCAGUUCUUCUUAAAGGUGAUCCUCAAAUAGCAAACCGACCGGCUGUCAUUGCCGUUUUUAAGACAAGAACUCACCCCAUUUUCGAGCUGCUGCCGUGUGGUUUUGUUCAAGGGGAGCCUGAUGCUGAGCCCAGGCUCAUCCAGUUUCACCCAAACUUCCAGCACGGAGCUCUGCUCACCGUGUGUUGGUCCAGUGGAAGAAUCACACAUGUGCCUUUCUACUUUCUGAGCGCCACGGCCAGAAAUCUUGGCGCCAACGGAAGCCCAGCGGUGCCACGGCCUGAGGAGCGCACGGCUGACUUUGGCAAUCAGUCGCUGUUCACGGAGCUCCUCUCCUGAACUGUGAGGAUUAUUGUUGCUGUUUGUUAAUAAAA